UGCUCCGCCUGCCAGGGCGUUCUGCGGAAACUCUGACAGAGGUGGGGCUUGUUUCUAGGAAGUGAUGUUACACGCAAGGCAGAAGACACGCAUUUGGCGCCUGUGCGUUUCCUGGCUGGUGGAGGAGGGGUUAGGGCAAGAUGGCCGGAUCCACAGUUAAAGUCCCUCGUAAUUUUCGUUUGCUGGAAGAACUUGAAGAAGGUCAGAAAGGUGUUGGAGAUGGUACAGUAAGCUGGGGCCUCGAAGAUGAUGAAGACAUGACACUUACAAGGUGGACGGGCAUGAUUAUUGGGCCACCAAGGACAAAUUAUGAAAACAGAAUAUACAGCUUGAAAGUAGAGUGCGGCCCUAAAUAUCCAGAAGCACCUCCAACAGUUAGAUUUGUAACUAAAAUUAAUAUGAAUGGAAUAAAUAAUUCCAAUGGAAUGGUGGAUGCACGAAGCAUACCAGUGUUAGCAAAAUGGCAAAAUUCUUAUAGCAUUAAAGUUGUACUUCAAGAGCUAAGGCGUCUAAUGAUGUCCAAAGAAAAUAUGAAGCUUCCACAACCUCCAGAAGGACAAACUUACAACAAUUAAUUUUAGCUGAAUCCCAAACUUGUCUUAAACAACUUCUACUUAUGUUAAUGUCUUGAUUCAAUCUCACAAUGCAAAACUACCCACACAUUAAGAGUUUCUUCUGGUGUACAUUAUCUUGACAUAUGAAAGAAUAUGUAUAUAUAUAUAUACAUAUGUAUGUAUGCCCCAUAUAUACAUAUGUAUGUAUGUAUGCCCCAUAUGUUUUCAGGCACAAUCAGAAAGAAAAGGCAGCACAUUUUUUUCCUCUUUAGCAAGGCACUAUCAUUUUAACAUAAGCCUGAAGUAGCCUAAAACUGGAGCUCCAGUGUUUCAAGACGAAAGCAUGACAAGAAGUGUCAGGUUGCUGUGGAGUAAGAUGUUUCAGAAAAACCUUUUCUCAAGAAGAAAAAUAAAAAUGGCAUGCUUUAUCCAUCUUGCUUUAGUAAAAGAGCUGCAGAUGAAAUUGUUUUUAAAGUAGCGGGUACUGCAACUACCAUUGCUCAACUUGUUUAAUUUUUUUUUGCAAAGGUGUGGGUGCUGAAUGCUAGUAGUGUCACAGAAUACAGUCAGGAUUGUUUUGAUACUUGUAUUUAUAAAAUGAGGGAAUGAUUUUCUCUUAAGCGGCUCCUGUGUGUUACAUGUAAUGGACAUUGCAAAAUAUUUGUUUACAGUCUUUGUUCUAAUAAACCAUGCAUUUAAGUUUUAGUGAAACAAAACAAAAAAAAUAAGGAAAUAGGUGUAUGGAAAAUGUGAUUGAGAAUAAAGUUAGUCUUCAAAUGUAAAUAAAAUGUGGAAAGUA